CCCCGUCAGCUGUUCGCGAGUGGCGCGCCUCCAUGCCGCCAUGGCCGCCACGCGCUACCGCCUCUUCCUGCGCCUCUGCGAGGAGUGGCGCCUCGAGCCGAGCAAGCGCGGCCGCGACCUCGGCGAGCACCUGAGGGCGAGGGUCGCCGCGGCCUUCCGAGAGGGCGAACACACGCAGAUCGCCGACCCUGAAAAAUGCGACCAGAUGUACGAGAGUCUGGUGCGAAUGAACACGAACUACUUCCAGAAGAAGUACCCUCGCCGACAAAACACCAGUUUCACCGGGAUGACAGCCGAAGACUGCCGCCUCAUCCUGUCCACAGAUAACCUGGAGGCGAUGGAGGACAACAAUAAAAGUGUUUUCAAGAAGUUUUUUGAGAAGUUUGCAAAUAAAAAUGCGGACGAGCAGGGCAAGCUGCAGCCUUAGGGUUUGUCGAGUUAUUCAUGUGGAACCAAGACACUCCAGUGGUGGCAGAGCGUGUGGCGGUGAGCAUCUCCAUGUAUUUGGCUGUAUGGUCACCUCGUGGUUAGCACGCUUGGCUACGUACCUGGCGACCUUGGAUUAAUGAUCACCGCCAACGUAGGCGAAUGUGUGAACCGGUCCUGGGUCUCCCCUUGGUCAACUCAGACUUAAAUGAGUGUGCUUGGUGCCGUGCGUAAACAUCAGCACCGGGGAGACAAAAGCGGUCAGGUGUGACCAUGGCCACACCGCUCCCCCCCCCCCCCCCCCCCAUGGGUACUGGCUAAUGGAACUUGCCCCAAUAGCCUGUGUGGGCUACAUAGGAGAUCUGCGUGUAACAUAUGUGAUAAAAUAAAUGUUGUAAUCCAGUGCUGGGAUGAAAUAAAAUUUAUUUCACUA